GACUUUAUGAGUGGAGGUAGUUUGACUGCUGCUCAAAAUAUAACAAACACGUCAACCAUAGUCACUAACAACAUGAGAAAUCUACAACAUUCACUUUUGCUCCACAUGUUGUUUCUGCUCCUCGCAAGUGGAAUGUAACUUGCACAAACAGCACCCCCUGUUGAUGUCUGGGUGUAAGGACAGGUGAGAGGUAACAAGUUGAGAGGUCGUGUUAGCAAAACGGCGGCGGCUGUACUUUUGCUGUAGUCAUAGUAAGUAAAGGCACUCAACGAAAGCUUGUCGUGGGCUAUUAUCUUGCGAAAAACAAGCGUCAGUUUUAAGGACUAGUAACGCAAUUGUUGCUAAGCUUUGCUAGUUAGCUAACUUUAGCAAGCUGCUACUGGCUUGCUUAGCUACUUGCUAUGUCGCAACCAAGUGCGUGGACUUAUUGGAGCUAAUAACUAGCUCGCCUAACUGAAACUAACUUUGAUUCGGGAGGAGAAACACGGAAGUGCAAAGGAUCAAGUGAAACUGGGGUGUUGCAGCUGGGGUGUUGCAGCUGGAGUGUGUCGCUGCGGUUCAGCAGGGAACAUUCCUCUGCCUGGGCUGCGAGAACCAUGACUGCCCUCGGCAUCCCCAGAAACUGCAACAUUCUCUUCUCCCUCGUCUGGACUCUGUGUGUCUACAGGCGAUAUUGGAGAGAUUGAAGAGACUGGACAGAGGAAGAGAAUGAAGGGGAUGCUGAUAAAGCUCCCACAACAAAAAAGGAUGGAUGAUCUUACACUGAUGGCUGUGUCGGUGCGGGGCCUGUACUUUGUGGUGACCCUUUUUUUGGGUAGUUUUUUUGGAAGUGUCUUCAUGUUGGGUCCUUUUUUGCCUCUGAUGCUGCUGUCUCCUGCUUGGUACCGCUGGAUCACUGAUCGCAUCGUCGCUACCUGGCUCACCCUGCCUGUGUCAUUGCUGGAGCUGGUAUUUGGGGUGAAGGUGGUGAUAACAGGUGAUGGCUUCAUUCCGGGGGAGCGAAGUGUGAUCAUCAUGAACCACCGUACCCGCCUGGACUGGAUGUUUCUUUGGUGCUGUCUGCUCAGGUACAGCUACCUUCGUCUGGAGAAGAUCUGCCUCAAGGCUGCCCUGAAGGCUGUGCCUGGCUUUGGCUGGGCAAUGCAGGUGGCCUGCUUUGUCUUUAUUCAGCGCCGUUGGGAAGACGACAAGAAGCACAUGGGUAACAUGCUGGACUACUUCUGUGACAUCAGAGAGCCACUGCAACUGCUGCUUUUCCCGGAGGGCACAGACCUCACUGAAAAUACAAGAGCAAAGAGUGAUGCGUUUGCUGCCCAAAACAACUUGCCGAAAUUCGAGUAUGUGCUGCAUCCCCGCAGCACUGGAUUCACCUUCAUUGUGGACAGACUACGAAAAGGAGACAACCUGGAUGCCGUCCAUGAUAUUACAGUGGCAUACCCCAAGAACAUCCCUCAGACAGAACGCCACCUCAUCAUGGGGUUUUUCCCCCGCGAAAUCCACUUCCACGUCCGCCGCUACCCAGUGGCAUCCCUGCCCGACUCUUCCUCUGACCUGGAGGCUUGGUGUCGAGAGCGCUGGGCUGAGAAGGAGAUCCGUCUGCGGGACUUCUACUCAGGCCAGCCCCGGGCCUUUGAUAGGGACGGUGUUGCGCGUGUGCCACCUUGUAAGACGGAGCUGCGAGUGACUCUGAUCAAAGCUGCCUCGCUGCUGUACUGGAGCAGCUUCAUUGCUCUGUGCUUCACUGGCCUGUGGCUGUGGGCUCCAUUCAGGCUCUACUGCCUGGUCAUGGUUGGAGUGUAUAUGGCCCAGCAGAAGCUGAUUGGAGGGCUGGAGCUGCUGGAGUUGGCCUGCCAUCGAUACUGGAAGUCCAUGGCUGCCGACGCGGGUGAGAAGAGUAAGGGGCUGGAUGGAAAGCUGCUGUGAGGAUGGCCGACGGGGUUGGCUGGACAAUGAUAUGUUUCCACCUUUGCUCAGCAAGGACACUGUGGACUCAGUUGUCUUGGCCUGUUCAGUCCAGAGGGCAAGAGGAUCCUUUUGAGGAACCCAGUGCUCCAUGCCUUAGAAAGGAACGGGAGUAAUGAGUGCACUUCCUGACGGUAUGCAUGGUCUCAGUGGAGAGAGCUUACCUUUCUUUUGAAGCAGAAAAAGAGGAAUGUUAUUUAGAGUUAUGUGUUGGAUUCAAGGAAUGUAUCACACAUAAUGUGUCACUUUCCAUUUGUAUUCCUCUCCUUGUAUGAACUCUGUUAUUAAGCUUGCUGUCGGUGCAUUUUAUCAAUUUAUGUUGUUGGUGUUUAUUGUAGUUGUUUGUUCAGAACCUCAGUGUGGACAUGUGUCAUGAUGAAACGAUGCUGUUAGUAUUUGGUAUACCGUUGCCAUGUCUUUGUAACUGAUGUUAUUGUAUGCACUGUGGCCCUUGGUUUUAUGUUAUUGUCAUGAAAUAUGGAGCAGAGCCAUAAUACAGACCACCUGUACGACUUGACUCUAACCAAUAUUCAAAUCGGCACUGUAGUUAAUUGGAUUAGACUGAUGGGACUAGUUAAAUGAAUCAGUUUUGAUUAGUAGUCACUAGCAAUGGAUUAACUAAGGAAUAUACAGGUAUAUAUGUGUACCAUUGUUUACCUUUAUUGGGUAUAAUUACCUUUUUAUACAAAUUGUCCUCAGAGAUAACGUCUGUGAUGAUGUUUAUUACUGUAUGGGUCAGGAAACAUAGACUAUGUUAUUUUGCUUGUUUGCUUAAGUAGCUUUUGCACAUAAAAGCCAAAGGGGAGAAAAGCAGACGCGAUUUUAAAAAGUAACCAAACAUAGUGUAGUCUGACUUUGUUGGGAAAGGGUAGCCUCAUCCACCACUGGUAAGGGUACCCAAAGCUACGCUGAGGUAAGACUUCUUGCAAUCAUCAGUUUAUCAGGAUGAAAGAUCUGACUGAGAUCCUAUGUCUGUAGAUGCAGAUGAGCUUUGUGCCCUUUCUGGGAAUGAAGGGAUGCCUUGUAGAGGCAGGAUGUGGGUGGUGGUGCUGAGGUGGAAGAAUGUCCUGUUGGGACAACAUUACCCCUCGAUGUGCAGGGUGGCAUAGACGACCAGACUUGGAGUGGAAAACUGGCCACGAACUCAACCUAAUCCAAAAAAGCCCUGUAAUGCCCACCUCUGUGUCCCUCUCUAGAGGACUGGCAUUGAUGCGCCUGCUAAACUCAAUUAGCAAAUGACAGCUGAGAAAGCUACUCCAAUUGUGCCAAAAAAGGACCGAAAUUGAAACAAGAUUUGAGUGGCGCGUCAACAACACUUUUAGCCACCGAUCUCUCCUUGCCACUCAAUACCAUUUCAAACUGUUAAUUCUGUGAGUCAGGAAACAUUUUUGUCUUAGACAGUCUUUAGCACUUUCUGUAACCCUGCAAUGUGGGAUCUAGAUGACCACUUCAACCCUAUUUUGUGAGACAAAUGUUAGUGAAGUGUUUUUUUUUUUUUUUUUAUAUGAAUCUGAACCCCUGUAGUUUCAGUGUAAAGAGGCUGUUUCCAGUCACUGUGAUCCAGCUGUGUUAACAAUUUUAUCAUCAGCAUGUAGUAGUUUACCAAACUAUAUCUGUUCCUUCAACCGUGAACCAGCCAGAAUCUCCAUGUAUUACUCUUUCACCUGUGCUGUUUUCCGUUGCUCAUUUUACAAUCACUUGCUGAUGCUGGACCUCUUCAAAUACACUGUCCUCAGGUAAAUAAGAGUCUCUUACAGGAGGAAAUGUACAUAUAAAUAAAUAUACUAUACCAACUCA